UAUUUUCCGCAACUGUAAACUCGUCGAAGAUAUCAGACAGGUCCGCGUUUCGACGAAACAAACUAAAUCCGGCAACGGCGCUUGUUCGCGAGUGGCGGGCCGUUACGGGAAUUCGAACGAAUCGCCGAGCAGAGCGCCCAGCAGCGAGCCGUUAUCGCUCAGAUAGCACUGCGUGCGCGAAGAAAAACGACAAAACAGUGUCUUUGAACUUCAGCUGCCGCAAGAUGAUGCCCGAGGCGUUCAGCAUCCACCAGAGUUUGUGCGUGCCGAGCAGCCCGCCCUCGCCCAAGCCGCGCAGGGCGCUGCCCAAGAACUACAGCCAAGUCAACGUGAACAACAACAACAACAAUCGCGGCGGCAACUUCAAGAGAGGCUGCAGCUUCGUCGUGGGCCAAAAGUUGCGCGAGUCCAAGUGGUUCGGGCGCAACGAGACCAACGUUUUUUGUGCCGUCGUCGAGUCGGGGUUUAUUGUCGAGAAAAACGUCCUGGAGAAGACCCUUUACGGGAUAGUACUGUGGACGCCUGGAAACGAAAAGAGCAAAAAUCCUGAGCACAUUAAAAUAGUGACACUAUUGGACGUCAAAGGCAAACCGAAGGUGUCCGAACAAAAUUUGGAGGAUUUUUGGCCCGAAGAGACUAAUUUAAGGAUAAACAACAAAAAUGACAAGACUGAAUCGCCCCUGACAGAAGAGUGCAUAAGAAAUCAAGUGUCUUUUGCACUGACGGUCAGCAGGAAAUGGCACAAUUCAGAACAUUUGGCAUAUUUUUGCAGAUACGGACCUGUGGAAACCAGAAAGGUAUACCUUAAAUGGACGACAAACGCUUUCUUUAGAAAAAUAAAGAGCUUCAGCGUUAAGUAGAAGCGUUUUCAACGUUGGAACUUUGGGAUAUGAAGACUGCCUUUAGGCAAAUAGGCUGGCGCAAGCGCAGUCCUGUGUAUUUUUUGACAUUUUUUGUUAAAAGUUCGUACAAAGAACGUCAAAAAAUGCGCAGGGACUCUACACUAAGUUAAUUUUAUAACUUAUUUAAUGGAGAUUUUUUAUAUAAACAAACGGCAAUCAAAAGUGUUGUGGAACGAAUCAAAUAUAGACUACCUUGACCCACCGCGAAAAUACUUGUUUUUGUGCGUUCAAUUGAAAACUAUUUUAAACUUGUUUUGCACACUUUUGUGACUACGGAACAUUAUUAAGAUUAGUUAUUGUUAUUAUAUAAUUAAAAAAUAAAUAUUUAUAUAAGCCAAAU